AUGUCAAGAAUGCACUUAUGCGCGUUUUUCGUGUUUUUAUUCAAUUUGGUAUUAUUUGGGCACGGAUUGGAAAACAGUGAGAAAUUUUCAAAUUGUGUUGUUUGCAAUGGCACGGUUCAAUGUACAGAAUCGGAAGUAGUUAACUGUAAAGCAGGAACUCCGUGCACGGAUGAGGAAAUACAAAUAUGUUACAACACUCAUUUAAAUUUAAAAAGUCGCUGUAGAAGCGUUGGAAAAUUUCCUCAUUGGUCCAUGGUCGAUAAGUACAUUCAAUGUGAGUUAAAUCCGGAGACGGAAGUGCUCAAUUAUAAAACUGUAAGUUGUCCCGAAAAUGAAAUCUAUAAUCAAGAAUUGAUGUCUUGCGCAACGCAAGAAGACAUUAAUUUAUUUCAAAGCGAAAUAAGAACUUUACGGCGGAGAGUAAAAAAAUUUUUAUGUUCUGGAAAGGGUUUGUAUCCGGAUCCAAAUAAUUGCAGAAAUUAUUACGCUUGCGAUUCCAAUUCCCCAUUAUCUAUCGGAGUCCUUUUCGAAUGUCCGAAAGGAUUGUUUUUCAACGCGUGGGAAAAACAAUGCAUGGCUUAUUUGGAACCGCAUUGCGUGGAUCAAUUAAAUUUCGAAUACAAUUUGAAAUUAGUCGAAGGAUUAGCUUAUAACGAAAGAGUUAACGAAAUCAAAGCGAGAGCACGAAGAGUAUUGAGCGGAAGAAGGUUCGCGACUAAUUUCGAUUCUCUCGUAAACGAUUUGACCAAACGUCAAAGAUGGCACGAUCAGAGUCUGAGAGAAAAACUCGACAUGAUUUUUUCUCGAGAUGAAAAAAAAAAUGCGACGAAUCUGUAUCCGUUGCUCGUGUCGUUUCACGAUAAAAACAACACUCCUGGCUCAUCGGAUUCGGAUACUCUAGAACAAACCAUUGAUUUCGUAUAUCAAAUCAACGCCAUAUUGAAUCCUUCGAAAAAGAAAACGUUCGAAACGAGCAUAACCAUUUUGUUCGAUUCGAAAAACAAAGUUCAAACGACCGAAUCCGUCAUUAAAUCAUUGCAAAAAUUUUUCGGCGAAAUAUUAAAUCAUCAGAAAGAUGAAAACGAUAAAGUGUUGAAAUAUCUCACACUCAACUUCGAAGAAUAUUUGAAUGAUUUGAAUGAAAAAGGAUCGAAAGCGAUUAAAAACAUCACUUCUGCAGCACACUUGGACGAACACGCCAAAGAGAGGAUAACGGUGCACUGGAACACUCUGAGAAUUAAAAUGAAAUUACUUAAAAAAGAUAUUGUGACAAAAUUUAAAAACACGACGGAUAAUAUAAUAAAUUCGAUUGAAAACGGUGCGAAAAAUCUGGAAAAUAAAAUCAAAUUGAUUUUGAGUAACACGACGGAAUCCAACUUGCAUUCGAAAGUUAUAGACCUGACAAAUUCCGUGAGUAAAUUUUUGAAACAGAUAACCAAAGUAAGAGAUUUGGUUGCCAACGCCAUGGGAGCAGAAUUCGUUUUCUACGAAAAAGCAAACGUUUUAUUGAACGUGGCAAAUCAAAAAAUCAAUUUGGUCAUAUCCGAAUAUACGAAAUACGAUGCGAGUUCGACGGAAUCGGGUUCUCUGGCACUCAUGUACCACUUUACGUCCAUAUUGAACCACGGUGUCACUUACCCGUUUUCCACGAAUAUAACCCUAGCAUACGAUUUCGAUAAAAAUCAAUACUCUAGUAAAAUCGUCCUAGACGAACUCAAUUUGUUUUUCGAUAAAAUAUUCGACAUAAUGAAAAGGGAAAAUGAAAAAAUCGUUGAAAAUUCCAUUUUGGACGUUCGUAACACGAUCGAAUCCCUGACGAAAUUCGAAGAGGAAAUAUUGAAAAAUAUAAGCAUUCAUAAUUAUUUGAAACCCGCGAACAUAGAUGAAAUUAAAAAUAUAUUGAACACGUCAAAAGCGAAAAUAAAAAAAAAUCACGCGGCGCUGGAGAAAAAAUUCAAAACGGAUUUGGAACAGAUAAUAACAGACAUGAAUAAAUUCAAAGAAGAUUUGAUGAAUAACAUAAAUUUGUUUUUAAACAGAAACACGGAAGUCAAUUUUAAAACGACAUCGAGUUACAUAAGCAUUUCCGUGACAAAUUCGCUGAGUAAAAUAUCCAAAGCGAGAUUUAAAGCUUUGAAUAAAAUAAUGAAAAUCGCUGGAAGAUUCAUCAAGAGCGUAAAAGAAGAAUUAUUCGACAUGAGUUCGGACAUAAAUUACAUACUCAUCGAAAGUACGACGGGUAUUAAUUUAAACGUCGAACAAAAAUCCGACAUUAAUUUAAGCUACGAUUUCAAUUCGUUUUUAAAUUCCAGUAAAAUCCAUUCAUUUUCUAUUAAAUUAACAAUCGUGUACAACACUAAUAAAAAACAAUAUUCCGUUGAAACGUUUUUGAAUAAUCUCGACGACUUUUUAAAUAACAUAAUUGCCAAUUUGAGAUUGGAAAUCCUCGGGUUGGUCAAAUAUUAUAAAACGGAAAUAGGUAUCGUUACGGCCAAGGCGUUGGCAUACACGGACAAAGCAUUGAAAAACAUCGAGUCCAAUCACAUGGAUAAAGAUUUAAUGAAAUUAAUUGUUAAAAUAUUAGACAAUUACAAACUCGCGGUGAAUAAAAAUCAAUUGCAAAUACAUUUCGAUUAUUCUAAACAAGAAAUCGAAACGUUGAAAAAAAUCAUUGCUCUGAAAAAUAUAUUAAAUAGUAAGAUAGCAAAAGUUUUGAACAAUCCCGAUAAGCACGACAUCGAGGACAUAACAAAAUUCAUAAUCGAUUCCGUCAAAUCGUUUUUUUCGGAAAUAACCAAAGAGAAAAAUUCAUUUGAAAAACACGCCGUGAAUUUAAACAGUCACUUUAAAAAUAAUAUCGUUUUCUUGCAAGCCAUAACGGAAAAUAAAAUCCAUUACAUCGUCGUUAAAAACACCAACAUCAUAUCGGAAAUAACCGAAUCCGACGUUCUCAUAUUCAAUUACAUAUUUAAAAAAAUAACGAAUUAUUCAGACGAAUUCGUGUUCGCGACCAACAUAUCGAUUGUUCGUGAUAAUAAAAACAGAUCAGAAAUCGAUGUCAUGGAUGAUCUCAAUACCUUUUUGCUCAACACGACCGACAGCAUAUAUAACGAAAGUAGAAAAUUGGAAAAAUAUUUGAAAGUGAGAAAUAUAUACGAUUUGAAAGUGUUUUUGAGUAAAAAAAAAGUUUUGCUCAUUGUCAAAAGGAGUCAUCAUGGGGAUUUUGAAAAAAAAACCCGGAACAAAAUAAAGAACUUUUUAACCAAAGCCGAGAAAAAUUUAAAGAAAUAUAGAAAGGAAGUCAAAAGCAAAUUUAAAAUAGCUAUGAUAUUACAAAUGGAAAUUCUCGACAGUUUCAGAAUCGAUUUGUUGAAAAAUUUAACGGCUCAUUUGAAAAAUUCAAACGCUCACAGUAGUUUGGAUGUGAAUAAAAAUUACAUAUAUAAAAAAAUGGAUGAUUUCAUGGUGAGAGUGUCCGAAGAGAGACACUCUAUAAUGAAUAAAUUUUUGAAUUACAUGAGAGAUUUCCACAACGAAAUUAAUUUGUACAUAAGAAACGUCGAAUACGAGAUAAAAGUAUUGAAAUUGGAUGAGAAAAAAAAACCUAAAUCUCGUUUCACCGAAACUUCCGUCAUCACUUUCAAAUAUGAUUUCAACACGUUUUCCGAUUUCAAUAAAUAUAAUAAUUUAUUCACCGUGAGUUUCACGAUUAAAUACGAUUCGAAAAUAAACGAAUAUUUUAUAAAACCCAUUUCUGGAACUUUGCAAAAAUUCAUAAACGACAUUGCUCACAGAAUGAAAAUUGAAUAUUCGGAAGUUUUGAAACAUUAUUUGAGUCAAUUAUCGAGUUUGGUCGUAAGAACGGAUAUUUAUUUGAAUGAUACUGUUAAAUACAUUGACGGCCUACACUUUUUAGAUCCCCAAUCGAGAAAUGAAAUAUUUAAAAUCAUCGAAACAAUGAAAACGUUAAAGGAUAGAUACGAAAAACAAACGAAAAACAAUUUUAAAUUGAUCGUUUUGAAUACUGAGAAAAAAAUUAACGAAUUACAAACGAACACUUUGUCGAAAAUUGUCUCGACUCUGAAUAAACCUUUCAAGAACACUUUGGAAUAUUUGAAAAAUUCAAUUUACCAAUAUGUAUCGAAUUACAUAAAAGAAAUGUCCAACAGUAGAUUGGAAUUGAUAAAUUCGACUCUGAAUGAAAAAAAUUACUUCGAACAGAUUAUAUCGAAUAUUAUGAUGAAAGGUAACGACGAAAUUAAUUCUCUAAUUAAUUUUAAUAAAAAUCAAGUCAUGAAUAACAAUACCGACAUGACAAUCAUACUUCAAUAUAAUUUCAAUUCCGUGUCUGAUGCUUUUCUCAAAGACACCCUAAUGACAAACAUGACAAUUUCAUAUGAUUUGCAAUCGAAAACGUUUAACGUUUUACCCGUUGUUUACUCAUUGGAAUGUUUUCUAAGACAGGUUUUCUCGCAGCUUAGAAAAGAAAACUUUUUAAUAACUCGUCAUUACGACAACGAAACUCGAUUGUACGCACACAAAGUCAACCUUUUCGAAUCUCGUAACGUUAAAUAUUUAAAUUCUCUCACAAAUUUGGAUCAGUAUACUAAAAAUCGUAUUAUCGGUGAAAUAAAAACUCUUAAAAAACAAAUGCGUAGUUUUAACGUAACGGAUAGAUUCGAAUCCGCGGUUAAUAAAAUCGAAAAAAAUAUCGAUGCGGAAAUAUUUAAUCUUUUAACGAAUAUAAAAACGGAAUUGGAAAAUCCUAACGAAUCCGUUUUACGUAAUGCGAGUGAACACAUAAAUCGUUCCGUUAUGAAAUUUUUAAAUGCUUUAUCACACGAGAGAACCGCAUUGGCUGAAAUAAUAACGAGAAUUAUAAUAGAAUAUGACAAAUAUAUUGAAAGAAAUAUUUACGGUGCUGAAAUGGAAAUUAAUGGACUCAUUAAUGACCGACCACUCGGGGAUUCCCUUGAAUAUUUAGAAGUUAACAAACGUCAUUAUUUGGAACACGAAGUUAAAUCCGCAUUAGGAUUGGAAUCUAAAUUAAGAUCGAGUUCGGAAAGUGAAGGAGAAGAAAAAGAAAAUGAUGAGGAAGAAGAAAAUGAAGGAGGGGAAAAAGAAACUGAAGGGGUAAAUGAAAAGGAAAAGGAAAAAGACACUGGAAAGGAAGCUGAAAAGGAAACUGAAAAGGAAAAUGAAGAUGAAGAUGAAGAUGAAGAUGAAAAUGAAAAUGUAUCAAAUGAUGAAACAGUAACAGAACCUACAAAUAACAACACUGAAAUCAAUUCUCAUUCUCUUGUUACAAGAUAUGAUCCUGAAGGAUACAAAGUUCCAAGAAUGGUAGACAGUGAAAAUUCAUUUUACAAUUGCUUUAUGUGCAAUGAUGAACCACUUUGCACUCUAUCAGAUUAUCCUCCAUGUUUCAAUAGUAAACCAUGUAAUACAAUAGAAGAAAAAAAUUGUAAAAAACCAAAUCAUUUACCAAUCGAAUGUUCUUCGGUAGGAGUUUAUGGUAUUCAAGAAAACAAUGCUUUGUAUCAGAAAUGUUUUAUACCAAAGGGUUCACACUUCAUACGUGGAAACAUAAUGGCUUGUUCGGAAAACAAAACAUUUUCAGAUGUGACAAAAACUUGUUUGUCGAAUUUCGAAUUGAUAUUAUUGGAAGACGUACGGAAAAAUUACGAAUAUAAUGAUAAAUUUAUCUGUCCAGAAUCGGGAGCAUUUUCUGAUCCCUACGAUUGCAAAUAUUAUUACACGUGUGAUUCCGAUGUUAAAUUUUCCAUUGGGAAAAAGCACAAAUGCCCAGAUGAAUCUUAUUUCAACGAUGAAUUAAAUCAUUGUUCGACGAAAUUAACAUCGAAAUGUGUUAAAUUGUUAGAGAAUUUAUCUGAUAAAGAUGAAAUGCAAGCUUCGUAUUUGAGGCAAGUAUUGAAAAAACGCAAAGAUUAUACGAGAUAUCUAAAUAAAAAUCGUAAGCCUUAUAAAAAAGUCAAAAAACCAAGAGAUAUGUCGUCUUAUGAUGUCAAAAAAAAACAAAAUGAUGUUCAACUUAAUGAGCAAACAAAAAAACAACAAAAUGAUGUUCAACCUAAUGUGCAAACGAAAAAAAAACAAAAUGAUGUUCAACCUUAUGAGCAAACGAAAAAAAAACAAAAUGAUGUUCAACCUAAUGAUGUAAAAAAAAAAAUAGAAGUUCAACCUUUUAAAGUAAAAAAGGGAAAAGGUAUUCUAAUAAUCAACUAA